CCACAUAAUGACAUUUCACUCAAAUGGGAGGAUCUAAACUCUACAUGCCCUCAAAGCUAUCCUCCACAUUAUGCCCAAGUGGCUUCUCAAACAAACCCUUCCUCCUUCAAAAAACUCCUCCAUGGUCCAUAAUAUGCAGCAAAAAAACCCAUUAAAAACCGCUCAUCAAAACUCAGUCAAACUUAUUUAUGGUGCACCAAAUUAAGCCUCAGUUGAGAAAGAUCAAGACCUAUCUCACGCUCUUUCCGAAUUCUCUUAUUAAACUCUUGCCGCAACACCACGAACCAAAAUACAAAUCCAAAGAGAGCAGGACAAGAACCACGAUGUCUGUUCAUCGGGUCCCAUUAUCCCUGAUAUUGCUCCUCUUUUUAGCUAAUAUGGUUAGCUGCAAUGAAGCAGGCGUGAAAACAGGUGCAGCCCAAGCAAAUGGGUCGAUGGUGCCUUUGAUUGAGCCAGGGAAGAUGGAAAAGAUGAUGAUGGUCAUGAACGAGACGAGGAGGAAGCUGGGGAGUUUCCAGAUAUGUGCACUAUGCACUUGCUGUGGUGGGGCCAAAGGGCUGUGCUUGCCAUCUCCUUGUUGCUAUGCCAUCAAUUGCAACAUUCCCAAUAGGCCUUUUGGCUUCUGUUCUUUCACUCCAAAGACCUGUAAUUGCUUUGGAUGCCAUCUCUAGCUCUCUCUCUCUCUCUCUCUCUCUCUCUCUAUAAUUUAUAAUUUACAUUGUUUAAUUUAUGAGUCAAGUCGAUGCUGUUGGAGUUGUGGAUGAGAAGAAUAUCCGUUCUUCAUUUGAUUAUUUCUUCAAAUUAUGUCUGUGCUUGGGUUCGGCUGUUUCCAGGUUAGUUUCUUGCUAGUUCUAGUGGUACUUUUUGCGGGAAGUAGAGAUGAGGAGCCAAAGAAAGCCCUUUAACUGCCCUCGCAUAGGAAGGCUUCAAACCUGAAGAUAGCACAGUACUGUGCCGCAAUUCGUAUUUGAAGAAACAUUGUCCUUUUGGUGGAGCUAUUGGGGUUGAUGAUAAUUUUUGUUACUUUUAAAAGGAUUUAAAGGAUAUAUCGAUGUUAGUGCUCCGAAGGGCCGGUGUGUUAGUCAUGACUGAGUAAGAUUUAAGUUUUGUCCAUUAUAUUAUAGUAUUGUGUGUUGCCUGGCAAUCAUUUGUUUAUUGUAGUAGUGCGUCUAUACAUAUUGCAACAUGUAUCACAAUUGUUAAAUCAAUAUGCUUCGUUUUACUCGGACUA